CAUCGGUCCGCCGCACUGUUAUUCGAGCGCGUCAUGGAAGCAGUCAUAUUUGACCUCGAUGGAACGCUUUUGGACACGGAGAUGUUGAGCGUCGCGGCGUUGACGCAGAUUUGCGGCAGUGGCUACAACAUGGAGCUCCAGAAGCGCAUCAUGGGUACGCCCGCGCACCAGUGGACGCGCGUCGUCAUUGAAGCGAUGGGUCUCUCGCUCACGCCCGACGAGCUCACGCACGAGUGGCACGUUGUGAUGAAAGCCAAGUACAACGACGCGGUCAUCCUUCCCGGCGCCCUCGAGCUCCUCGCCAAGCUGCCGUCGCACAUCAAGAUUGCACUCGCAACGUCGUCGCCGGCGUCGGCGGUUGCUGUCAAGCGCGCGGUGCAUCCGACGCUCUUUGAGCGCUUCCAAGUGAUCGUGACGGGCGACCACCCGGCCGUCCGGAACGGAAAGCCAAGCCCUGACAUCUUCUUGGAGGCCGCGCGCCAACUUGGAGUCCACGAUGUCUCGAAGUGCAUCGUUGUCGAAGACACCAUGCACGGUGUGACAGCAGGCAAAGCCGCGGGGAUGCGCGUCGUCGCUGUUCCCGAUGCCCGCUUCUACGCCACGGCUGACUACCCCGGCCGCUUUGACCACGCCGAUGUCAUCUUGCCGUCGCUGCUUGCGUGGGACAUGGAGAUUCUGAACCGCUGCUAAAGCAAAUGACGAUACGUUUCGCUUGCUC